GCGCUCGGGCCCCAGCGUCUCCGGCCCCGCCUGCGCUGGGGUCGCUGCAGUCCCGGCAGCUGCCCCGGGCUCCUUGCCCAGGCGCCCCGGCCUUAUUCCAGCCUGGGGAGCGCCUCGGCGGGGAGCACGGGACAGCGAGGGAGGCCGAGGCGGGGGCCCUGGGCGCCCGAUAUCUCCGAACCGGGGAGGCGGCCCCGAUUCCGAGAGCCGGAACGCAGGGAAAGGCAAGGACGGGGCGGCCGGCGGAGGGGCGGGCGCCGCUCAUCAGCCACGCCAGUCACGUCUGGGGCCACCGGCUGCCUUUUUCUUCCUUUCCCCCUUUGCUUUCUUCCCCCUCCGCUGUUGGCGAGGGCAAAGUGGCCGUGGCGGCGCCAUGCCCGGGCCGGAGUGAGUGCGCGCGGGCGAAAAUGGCGUACAUCCAGUUGGAACCAUUAAACGAGGGUUUUCUUUCUAGAAUCUCUGAUCUGCUGCUGUGCAGAUGGACCUGCCGGCACUGCUGUCAGAAGUGCUACGAGUCCAGCUGUUGCCAGUCAAGUGAGGAUGAAGUUGAAAUUCUGGGACCUUUCCCUGCUCAGACCCCUCCCUGGCUGAUGGCCAGCCGGAGCAGUGACAAGGAUGGUGACUCUGUCCACACGGCCAGCGAAGUCCCGCUGACCCCACGGACCAAUUCCCCGGAUGGAAGACGCUCGUCCUCAGACACAUCCAAGUCUACAUACAGCCUGACGCGGAGGAUUUCGAGUCUUGAGUCAAGACGUCCCAGCUCUCCACUCAUCGAUAUUAAACCCAUCGAGUUUGGUGUUCUCAGCGCCAAGAAGGAGCCCAUCCAACCUUCGGUGCUCAGACGGACCUAUAACCCCGACGACUAUUUCAGGAAGUUCGAACCCCACCUGUACUCCCUCGACUCCAACAGCGACGACGUGGACUCUCUGACAGACGAGGAGAUCCUGUCCAAGUACCAGCUGGGCAUGCUGCACUUCAGCACUCAGUACGACCUGCUGCACAACCACCUCACCGUGCGCGUGAUCGAGGCCAGGGACCUGCCACCUCCCAUCUCCCACGACGGCUCGCGCCAGGACAUGGCGCACUCCAACCCCUACGUCAAGAUCUGUCUCCUGCCGGACCAGAAGAACUCAAAGCAGACCGGGGUCAAACGCAAGACCCAGAAGCCCGUGUUUGAGGAGCGCUACACCUUCGAGAUCCCCUUCCUGGAGGCCCAGAGGAGGACCCUGCUCCUGACCGUGGUGGAUUUUGAUAAGUUCUCCCGCCACUGUGUCAUUGGGAAAGUUUCUGUGCCUUUGUGUGAAGUUGACCUGGUCAAGGGCGGGCACUGGUGGAAGGCGCUGAUUCCCAGUUCUCAGAAUGAAGUGGAGCUGGGGGAGCUGCUUCUGUCACUGAAUUAUCUCCCAAGUGCUGGCAGACUGAAUGUUGAUGUCAUUCGAGCCAAGCAACUUCUUCAGACAGAUGUGAGCCAAGGUUCAGACCCCUUUGUGAAAAUCCAGCUGGUGCAUGGACUCAAACUUGUGAAAACCAAGAAGACAUCCUUCUUAAGAGGCACAAUUGAUCCUUUCUACAAUGAAUCCUUCAGCUUCAAAGUUCCCCAAGAAGAAUUGGAAAAUGCCAGCCUAGUGUUUACAGUUUUCGGCCACAACAUGAAGAGCAGCAACGACUUCAUCGGGAGGAUCGUCAUUGGCCAGUACUCUUCAGGCCCCUCUGAGACCAACCACUGGAGGCGCAUGCUCAACACGCACCGCACAGCCGUGGAGCAGUGGCAUAGCCUGAGGUCCCGAGCUGAGUGUGACCGCGUGUCUCCUGCCUCCCUGGAGGUGACCUGAGGGCUGCAGGGAAGGCAGCUUUCAUUUGUUUAAAAAAAAAAAAAAAGACGGAAAAAAAUGUGUCACAUACUAUUACAUCCACACCUGCAUACACACUCGCAACAUGUCUACACACGUCCACACACACAGACACACAGACACCCCAAAUCCUCUCAGAACUGAGAGGAAGCUGACUAUUGAUCACAAAAUGGCCACCCUCAGUGAGUGAGGCCUAGGAACUUUCCGGAAGCCCCAUCCAUAGAUCACAAGCUCAGUGGGCUCUGCCGUGGGACUUAUUGGCAGUGCCUGCUCUUGUCAAUACUCCUGCCCCAAAAUGCACUUUCAACCCUCAGGCCAGAGAAAGGACCUCCCAAAGGGUGCCAACCUCCAUCAAGACUAAAUUUACCAAGAAUUUGGCCAGUGUGUGGGAGACUUGAACACCCCCCACUCCCAAAACACACACCCACUGGGUAACUUCUGAACAGGCUGCUGUUCCCUGGGGUUCUUCAAACCUGAUACCUUUCUCCAAAGGUGUAAGUAUCUUUGUCUUCUCCUUAGUAAAUGUGAUAACUAGAUUAUGGACCAUUUGGAGAAACCAAAUGGCAACCAAAACUAUUCCAGUGUCAGAAGCCUCUCCUGGCUUAACGGAAUUGUCCUUGUGUUAGCUCAUCCCAGGGAACUCCCUGUGGGUAUUUAUGUGUAUGUCCUCGUGCAUGUGCCCUCACAGGCGAACACGUGUGUGCUUAUGUGUCCUCUUGGAGAGCAUGGCGAUGGGCCAGGACCUCAGCCCUGAGCACUGCCUUCUCUCUGCCUCUCCUGUCCAGUGAGAGUCCAACCAGUGUCCUCCUGUCUGUCAGAGAUCCCACUUUGGAUAACAGUAGUGUGUGUGUGUGUGUGUGUGUGUGUAAAGUAAAUAGGAUAUGAUAGAGCAAAAGUAACAUUUUUUGACCGAAUCAUGGUGAUUGUGACCCACGAAAGACAUACAAAGACCUGAUACAUGGAUUAAAAUGGCCAUCACACCCCAUCCAUGAUGAUCUUCUUCCUUAAUCAUACUCUGAGGAUCUUUCUGUGUUUGUCUGUGAACGAAUGUCACGUCUCUCGUGGUAAGGAAUUAGUGUAGUUAGAAUAGAUCUCUCUCUCUCUCUCUUUCUCUCUCUCCCUUUCCUCUCUCUCUGUUGGAUGCUUCUAUAUCUUUUUCCACAGCAUAAUGUCUGGUGUGAUGGGGAGCUAUUUAUUGAAAUUAAAGAUUAUUUAUUUGUGCCAUGCA